AUGGAAAUCUACCGCGCUAAACCUGCGACGCGUAAGGAAAUGACUCAGUUCCACACGGAUGAGUAUGUAGACUUCUUGAAUAGAAUUUCACCGGACAAUAUGGAUUCCUAUGCCAAAGAGCAAGCCAAGUUCAACGUAGGCGAUGAUUGCCCUGUUUUCGAUGGUCUGUUCGAGUAUUGCUCCAUUUCUGCAGGUGGUUCAAUGGAGGGUGCCGCUCGACUCAGCCGCAACAAGACAGAUAUUGCCAUUAACUGGGCUGGUGGUCUCCAUCACGCUAAGAAAGCUGAAGCUUCCGGUUUCUGCUACAUCAACGACAUUGUUCUCGGGAUCCUCGAACUCCUCCGCUACCACGACCGCGUCCUCUACAUCGAUAUCGACAUCCAUCACGGCGAUGGAGUCGAAGAGGCAUUCUACACCACUGACCGUGUCAUGACGGUAUCCUUCCACAAAUUCGGUGAAUAUUUUCCAGGUACGGGCGACCUCAAAGAUAUAGGUUUGGGGAAGGGAAGGAAAUAUUCCUUGAACGUGCCUUUGCGAGACGGGAUAACGGAUAGCAACUACCAGUCGAUAUUCGAGCCAGUAAUCGAACACGUCAUGUCGUGGUACAAGCCGAGUGCCGUGGUGCUCCAAAGCGGCUCCGACAGCUUAAGCGGGGACAAGCUGGGCUGUUUCAACUUGAGCAUGCGCGGGCACGCCAACUGCGUGUCGUUUGUGAAGAAAUUUAACCUCCCCCUCCUCCUACUCGGCGGGGGCGGGUACACGAUCCGCAACGUCAGUCGCGCGUGGGCGUACGAGACGGGUAUUGCCGUCGGGCAGGAACUCAGCCCUCAUCUACCAAUCACUGAGUACCACGACUACUUCGCCCCUUCACAUACACUCGACGUACCCGCUUCCAACAUGGAAGACCUCAAUACUAAGCAGUACUUGUUUAAUUUGAAAGCAGCCAUUUUCGAGAACCUCCGCGAUAUAGACUUUACUCCUAGCGUUCAACUCCAGCCCGUACCACGUAUGCUUCAUGACGACGACGACGAUCAUGUCCUUGAAGACCGCGAUGACCCCAACUCUAGACGCCCGCAGAGAUUGUGGGAUAGAAACGUGCAGAGGGACGACGAGUUUAGCGACAGCGACGGCGAGGGUGAGGGUGAGAAUGCGAGCGGUAUUCGUGGUGUGCGUGCCAAACUUAACGGCGAUUCUAACGCCAGACGGAAUGAACAGAGCUAUGCGAGUACACAGCCGGUUAUAUGA